GUGUCUGAAGACUGCAGCUUUGGUUCAAAAGACUUCUGAGGCCACUCAAGCAUUAACAUCACAAAUAAGCAUCCUGGAAAGGGAGCUUGGUGAAAAUCAGAAUAUUUUGCUGGCAAUGCAGGAUCAACAGCAAAAACAGCUUGAGCUGGUACUUGCAAUCGGAAAGCUUGCGAAACUAUGGGAAAGCAAGCAAGAAGCAAGUAAUUUGACUGAGGAGGCAGGACAACUGGAAAUCCAUGAAAGUCAAGCUUCAUAUAUGAACAGGGAAACCAUCAGUGACAGAGCAUAGUAUUGUGGAGCAGCACAUCCUGAUUGGAUCCUUGUCUACAUGUGUUGAUUUUUUUGUUUAAAAGGCAGUUAGACUCUUCCAGAACUGAUGCUGCCAGAAAUUUUUUGUUUUUUUGAAUCUGUUUCAAAGGAGAUGACGGAGAAGCAAAUGCGGGAAUAAUGGUUAUUCUUGUUCUAGAAUAGCAACAUACAAACAGAAAAGCAAAAAAUGCAUUUUGGUUUGUGCUCAAGCUUCUGAAUGCAAUUUAAUUUUGUUAUUUCCUUUUUAUUCCAAUCAAAUGAGAAGGAAAUAACAAAGUUAAAUCGCAGUAAGAAACUUGAGCACAAACCAAAAUGCAUUUUUUGCCUCUUUCUUUGUAUGUUGCUAUUCUAGAACAAGAAUAACCAUUAUUCCUGCAUUUUAUGUUUCUUUCUGUUGUCCUUUCUCGCUUCUCGGUCAAUUUUGAAUGAAAAUUUGAUUGGAAU